UACUUGAGAAAUCAAAUGGAGCAAGUUGGCGGUUUAUGUCAAAUGAAAUGCGCUUUAAGAGGGCCGCUGUUCCGUUUUGGACUCUACAACGAAUUCUUAUAAGGCUACUGUCCAGUGCAAAGAACGGAGGUGAUAAGAAAGAACCAUGUGCGAAAGUGGCGAAAUUCGAAUCGUGCCAGUUGGAUCCCUGCACGUUGGAUCCGUGCAAACCAGAACCGAGUGUAAUCAUUAUCGGGGCAGGAAUGGCGGGACUGUCAGCAGCGCAUCGUUUAGCGCAGUGCGGCCUGCAAAAAUUUACGAUACUGGAGGCAACGGAUAGGCCUGGCGGAAGAAUUCACUCUUGCUGGUUGGGAGACGUCGUUGCUGAGAUGGGAGCGACCUGGAUAGAGGGUGGAUGCGUGACGAAUCCCGUUUUUACCCUAGCUGCCCAGGAAGGACUUUUAAAGGCGCCACUCUCUAGACCCGAACCGAAUCAUGGACUCUUCUGUACCAGCGACGGUCGAGCGAUCGAUCUACCGGUCAGCAUCAUUGCUUAUCAUACCUUCCGACAGAUCGAACAACAAGCGGCGGCUCUCUUCUCUUUGGGUUGCGGUCGUACCCACGGUACGUUGCUGAAUUUCAUGGGCGUCAGAAUACAGCAAGAGCUACACAAUUUCCCGGAGGAGCAACGAUACGACGCGGCUAGGGUAAUGUACGGUCUAACCAACUUCAUCAGAUGCCGCUGCGGUGACGAUCUUUCUUUGGUCUCAGCCGAUCAGUUUGGUAGUUACAUAGAGAUACCCGGUGGAAACGUAAGAGUACCUCUUGGAUAUGUCGGCGUUUUAGCACCGUUGCUCAGAGAUUUGCCGAGCUGUUGCCUCAAAUACUGCAAACCAGUGAGUUCCAUCAGAUGGGGCGUCGUCGACGACUCCUGUCCUCGCGCUAUGGUAAAGUGUUGCGACGGGGACGAAUAUCCAGCCGACUAUGUCAUCGUAACUCUAUCUCUUGGCGUGCUAAAGCAUCAACACGACAAGCUUUUUUGUCCUGCUUUACCACCUGAGAAAAUUGACGCUAUCACGAAACUCGGGUAUGGUUACGUUAACAAGAUAUUUCUCGAGUAUGCCAGACCUUUCUGGGUUUGGCGAGAAGGUGGGAUCAAGUUGGCCUGGUCUGCCGACGAGUUAGCGGACAGAUGCGACUGGGUUAAAGGUAUAUCUUUCAUCGAAGAACUCCCAUGUUCGCAACAUGUGUUAUGCGCUUGGAUUUGCGGCCGAGAAGCCGCAGAAAUGGAACUAUGUUCCGACGAAGAAAUAGUCGAUUCUAUAACGCGUUUGCUACGGCAGUUCACCGGUGAUCCAACCUUACCAUAUCCAGCUAAUAUCCUCAGGAGCAAGUGGUGUUCGGACCAAUAUUUUGCUGGUUCGUACAGUUACAUGGCCAUGAAUAGCACGGUCAACAAUCAGUGUCAUCUAGCCACUCCCAUCCCAGGUACAUGCGAACCGGUUCCACCGAUUCUUUUCUUCGCUGGAGAAGCAACGAUCCCGGGACAUUACAGUACCGUGCAUGGUGCCAGACUCAGCGGAAUACGCGAAGCGGAACGAAUAAUUCAAUUGACGAAAAGAUAUGGUGGUCCUCCUCAAAAUUAUCCGAAUAAAUAGUGAAUGCACUUGUCCUUUUUU